UUUGCCCUUGCUAUCGCAAGGGGUGGGUCUUGACAGCGCCGACGUUGACAGCUUCUGAAGAACCGCUGCCUCUCCUAGGUCGUUAUCCCUUUGGGUCAGCCCAAGAAGGAUAAAAGCCCGGCGGAUGGAUGGAGCUGCUCAGAGUGUGCUAUAGCCCGUUGUGCCAACAUGAGCUGCCUAGCCUCCCGCACGACCCUACUUGUCCUCUUCUUACUGCUCUCCCGGGGCGCCUUGCAGAACCAGGCAAGAGAAUUGCGCUGCCAGUGUGUGAAGGUCAUUUCCCAUGGAAUUUCAACUGCGUUAAUUGCUUCUGUGGAUUUCAUACCUGAGGGACCACACUGCAUUAGGCCUGAAGUCAUACUCACCAGGAAAGAUGGGAAACAAUUCUGCCUGAAUACGACAAUGCCAUGGGUUCAGAGGGUUAUCCAAAGAUUUUCAAAGCGUAGUAACCUGUGACACAAACACUAUUGUUUGGGUAGCUGCAAGAAUAAACACUGCAACUGUGAAGAAAGAGAGAGAGAGAGAAGGAAGAAAGGAAAAAAAAAUGGAAGAAGACGACAAUCCAAAGACUUAAUUGUUCCUUUGGCAGUUUCCCCUUUUUGUAUUUAUUAUUCAAACAUACUUUAAUGUAUUUAUUGCUACCUCUCUAUAUCAGCAUUCACCACCAUGGCCAUGUUAAGAUGUGUGGACUUCAACUUCCAGAGUUUCCAUACACUUAAAAUUCCGGUGCCAUGCUCUUGUGACCAUCUCAAUUUCUUCAUAUCAGAUAUAUAUUCAAUGCAAUCUACAUGGUAUACUGGUAAUCCUCAAUUUAUAGUCAUUUGUUUACUGAUUGUUCAAAAUUAUAACCCUGAAAAAAGUUAUUUACAACUGAUCCUAACACUUAUGACCAUUGCACCAUCCCCGUGGUCAUGUGAUCUGAAUGAAGGCACUUGGAAAGUGGCAUUUAUUUAUGACAGCUGCAAUAUCCUGGCAUCGUAUGGUCACUAUUUGUAAUCUUUCCAGCUAAUUUCUAACAAGCUGGAUUCACUUAACGACCACAUGAUUCACUAAACAACUAUAAUAAUUUGUUUAAUCGUGGCAUUAUAAUUUUGGGCCCUUACUCACUUAACAAUUGCCUUGCUUAGCAACAGAAAUUCUGGUCCCAAUUAUGGUCUUAAGUCACAGACACCUCUAUAUUAUACAUUGAAACUAAUGGACAUUGAUUGCCUUCUUGAAUGUAAUAAUAGGUUGUGAGCCAUAGUGGAAUUUGUUUUAAAAAGUGGGAUAUAAAACUAUUAAUAAACACACACCAAAAAGCAUAAGCAGAAAGUUAUCUGUACCCAUGCUUUCUCUGCCAGCCUUGUUCAUUUCAAUGGAGCUUACUAAAGACUAAAUGCAA